AUGAACAUAAUCUGCAGCCUCUGCGCGUACAUGGCCAUCUGCGGCACGGAGCGCGCUGUGCUUCUGUGGCCGGGGUCCCGUGGCACUUGGGAGGGGUUCGACAACGCCUCCGAUGCGGACCUCGUGGUGGAGCAGCAGAUUUGGGCGGCGGUAGACCCUAUGGCCAAGAACGAGGCGUUCAACUGCAGCAACGGGGAUGUGUACACGUGGAAACAGCUGUGGCCGAUACUUGCCGGACGGUUUGGGUUGGAGUGGGUGGGGUACGAUGGAGAGGAGAACCGGUUCAAGCUCAUGGAUGCCAUGGCCAGGAAGGAGGCUGUCUGGGCAGAGAUCGUCAGGGGGAAGGAGCUGGUGGAGACGCAACUCAACGAGGUCGCCAGUUGGUGGCUCGUCGAUGCCCAGUUCUAUCAGUUUGGAGCUAACUGGGCGUUCCUGGACAGCAUGAACAAGAGCAAGGAGCACGGGUUCCUCGGCUUCUGGAACACGGUCAAGUCCUUCGCCAGUCGCCACAUGGAUCGACAGGCUAAAGGCGUACAAGAUUGUUCCUUGAUGCCUUUCAUUUACCUGUUCCUUGUGGUUCUCCGUCCUGAUGCUGUAUUAUACAUCACGUCAAGUGAUUAA